AUGGCGCCCGAUGCCGACCCCGCCAGUACAGCAGUUGCAGGCCAUGCUCGAGCCUUGGCCCCCAACCUUUCUAUUCGGUCAGCUUCGUCAAGCGUGCCCAAUGACCCAUGGACGACUUACAAGCCAAUAAUUAAGCGCUUGUAUAUCGAAGAGAACAAGCCCUUGAGAGAAGUGAUACACGCCAAAUCAUACAAACGCCGGCUCAAGGCCUGGGGUUUGACAAAGUACAUCAAACUGGGGGCCGGACAGGACGAGCUGGCCCUCCAGGAGACGUUCCCGGACAGCACUCAAGCACUGGCCACCCGCCAGCGGCACGGAUACGUGCGACUCGCCAACGGCCGCCUCGUAGAUGCAGACACCGUCGCGAUGCAUUUGCGGCGGAAGGCGAGGAGCAAAUACAGCCAGCGGAAUCCAAAAUUUCAAGCGUGUCCUCCGACCGUUGUCCGCGCGCCGGAGAGAUUCCGCGUCCUCGAAGGUGUAUACGCCAACGUGCGCGCAUAUAUGUUGGGGCGCUUUGACGAGACCAUCACCGUAUCCCAGGACGUCGACACUCUGCGCGCCUGGGAUCCGUACUCGGGGCGAUGGCUGCGGUUCAGUGCUGCUGUUCAGGCUGCCUGCAGAGACAAUAAGAUGAACGAUGCUAUAGCCUGGAUGCGCCACGCACCGGAGGAGUUAGGGCUGCUACUGAGGAACCAGCCCUCGAAUGUACUGAACCACUUCUUCCGGUUUCUAGCACAAAGCAUUCGGUUCAUCGACCCACGAGAGCCGGACGGUGCUCAGUUUCUGAAAGUUGUCAAGGCCCUCAUCAAGUUCGGUGUGGCGUAUUUGGCCCAGAACGCCGCUCGUCUUAACUUGUCUGUUGAACAUCCCUUGUAUCGGCUCUUCGACUCUCUCACAAGGGUGGACGACCAAGAAUUGCUUCAAGCUGCGUGGAAGUCGUGGAAGAUUGGCUGUCAAUCAUGGUAUGACAUGAUGGACGAUCCAGCCGCUUGGAGUGCCAACAUCGACUAUUUGAACAUUGCCUACCUGGGUGGAUGCAGCGUUAGCGAGCUGCCAUCGAAUAUGGGUGAUGUCCUGGACAAGACCGUGAAGAGAUAUGAGGCAGAAGACCUUCAUCAUGCAAAACGGUUUGGAUCGCUAUGGAACAAGGCAAUAUAUAACGAACUGAUGUCUGCGAAUUCUUCAAGGAAUUUGUGCCCGAAAGGUGCUCCCAUGACCACCGUCAUCUCUUUGGAUACGCACGAGGACCUGCAGCAGUACGUCGAGUCUAUGAAGGAGAACGUCCUUGCCAUAGAGCAAGAGCACGGACGUGUCCCUCAGUCUCAGACGUGCGUGCCGUUGGCCAAAGUGACGACCGUGCUGAGGAAUCACGAGAUUCUGGAAAUGCACAAGUCUAAGUCUGUGCUCAAGCAGAUCAUCGACGAGGCCAUGGCUCUUGAUCAGCCGCCUGCCAACUGCUAG